UUGCUUUGCAUGCUGUAAGGAAGAGAGCAGGGUCAUCAGAGGGUAUGCUGAGUAAAUAUGAAAAUGACUGCAGGAACUGUGCAAGUGUGUGCGAUGACACUUCCUCAGUUUAUCUUUACUGUUCUUGCCUAAACUGUUUCCUUCUCUUUUAUUGAGGGAUUCAGUGACUUGCAGUGGAAUGUGGAGAGGUUCAAGAGUUCUGGUGGCAAGUUCUCUUCUAGUCUGCACCAGGGUCGGUGGUGACCAAGCUGUAUUAGCAGCCAUUGUUCUGUUUGGACAUUAGUUCCUAGGGGUUAGGUACGCACACCAUAACCAUCACUUUAACAGUGGGCUCUUGUAUCAUCUUGACCAGCUGUCUUACAAGGAAGGAAAACCUGGAUUGACAUGGAUGCUGACGUGUCACAAAGGGGACAGCAAGUCUUCCUGAAGGCAGAUGAGCCCCCAUCACAUUCCGACGUCUUACAGGAUGCACUGCUAAGCCUUGGCUCCAUCAUAGAGACCAGUUCCAUACGGGAAGUCAUCAAAGAUGUGUUUGAGGCAGUGCUCCCGAAAGUGGAGAGCAUAUGUAUCUAUCUGUUGGAUGUGGAAACCAACAAGUUGCUAUGUGAUGACCCUCCACACGAGCUGCCCCGAGAAGGACAACUCAGGGAUUUUGUUAUUAAGCAGAAGAGGGUUGAGUGCAGUGGACUGCCCCCAUCUGAGCUUCAUGAGAAGCAAGUUAACAGCCUGGCAGCCCCUCUUCCACCUGAUAAACAAGUGUUAAUAAUCCCUCUUGUGGACCUGGACAAUGGGAGAGUCAUAUCAGUGAUUUUGGUUUGCUGCAACCAGUUGAGCGAGGCUAAUGAAAAGCAUCUUAGUAUUCUGGAGAAGCAUGUUACAGUAGCUUGUAAGAGAGUGCAGGCGAUACAGGCAGCAUCAAAAUGGCCACGUGUCAGCCUGUCACCAAGCCCUUCCCAGAAAUCACUUGCCAAAUCAGAAUCGUCAGAGUCUGGGACGUACAGUGACCUGGACCGCAAGAUCCUGCGACUGUGUGGCGAACUCUAUGACCUUGAUGCAGCCUCACUCCAACUGAAGGUGAUCAACUAUUUACAGCAGGAAACCCAGUCCCUAUGUUGCUGUCUGCUGUUAGUUUCAGAAGACAACCAUCAGUUGUUUUGCCAGGUGGUUGGGGACAAAGUCAUGGAAGAGGAAAUUAGCUUUCCACUUACAUUUGGUCAUCUGGGUAAGGUGGUUGAGAAGAAGAAAUCUAUCACGCUACAGGAUAUCAGUCCGGAGGAGCAUCGUCAGCUGAACAGGAUGUUGGGUUUUGAGGCGUACUCAAUGCUGUGUGUGCCUGUAAUCAGCAGGGCCACUGUCCAAGUGGUGGCCCUGGCCUGCGCAUUUAACAAGAGAGGCGGGCAAAAGUACACAGAAGCAGAUGAGCACAAAAUUCAGCACUGUUUCUGUUAUACAUCAACAGUAUUAACCAGCACACUGGCAUUCCAGAAGGAACAAAAGCUCAAGUUUGAAUGCCAGGCACUGCUCCAAGUUGCCAAAAACCUCUUUACACACUUAGAUGACGUGUCGGUCCUACUGCAGGAGAUCAUUAUAGAAGCCAGAAACCUCAGCAAUGCAGAAAUCUGCUCUGUGUUCCUGUUGGACAGAAUGAACCAUGAGCUGGUGGCCAAAGUUUUUGAUGGUGGUGUUGUGAAUGAUGAUGAGAAUGAGUUUCGGAUCCCAGCUGAUCAAGGUAUUGCUGGUCACGUAGCAACCACAGGAAAGAUCUUGAACAUCAAGGAUGCCUAUUCCCAUCCUCUGUUUUACCGAGGCGUGGAUGACAGUACUGGCUUCCGGACAAGGAACAUUCUUUGCUUCCCCAUCAAAGAUGAGAAUAAUGAGGUGAUUGGUGUAGCUGAACUGGUCAAUAAGAUUAAUGGCCCCGGGUUCAAUAGGUUUGAUGAAGAUUUGGCCACGGCGUUCUCAAUCUACUGUGGAAUCAGUAUUGCUCACUCUCUGCUGUAUAAGAAAGUCCAUGAAGCUCAGUUUAGAAGUCACCUGGCCAAUGAAAUGAUGAUGUAUCAUAUGAAGGUAUCAGAGGAAGAGAUGACCAAGCUUCUGACAUUUGGAAUCCAACCUGUGAAUGAGAUUCAUCCAAGCUUUGCCUAUUUCACCUACACGCCUCGCUCCUUGCCAGAUGAUGACACUCCUAUGGCUAUUCUAAGCAUGUUUGAGGACAUGGGCUUUAUUAACACUUAUAAGAUAGACAUUAAAACAUUGGCAAGGUUCUGUCUCAUGGUAAAGAAGGGAUACAGGGAUCCACCCUAUCACAACUGGAUGCACGCAUUCUCUGUCUCUCAUUUCUGUUAUCUCCUGAACCAGAAUCUGGAACUCUCCAAGUAUCUUGAGGACAUUGAGAUAUUUGCUCUUUUUGUAUCGUGUAUGUGCCAUGACUUGGACCACCGAGGAACCAACAAUUCCUUCCAAGUGGAUUCGCAAUCUGUGCUGGCUGCCCUAUACAGCUCAGAAGGAUCAGUGAUGGAGAGACACCACUUUGCCCAGGCAAUAGCCAUUCUAAACACUCAUGGAUGUAACAUCUUUGAGCAGUUCUCCAGAAAGGAUUACCAAAGGAUGCUGGAUCUGAUGAGAGAUAUUAUAUUGGCAACUGACUUGGCUCAUCAUUUACGUAUCUUCAAAGACCUUCAGAAAAUGGCAGAUGUGGGCUAUGACCCAAAGAACAAGCAUCACCACAGUCUGAUCCUCUGCCUGCUCAUGACCUCAUGUGACCUGUCAGACCAGACCAAAGGAUGGAAAACCACCACUAAGAUUGCUGAACUUAUUUACAAGGAAUUCUUUUCCCAGGGCGAUCUGGAGAAAGCCAUGGGCAAUAGACCCAGUGAAAUGAUGGACAGAGAGAAAGCCUACAUCCCAGAGCUUCAGAUUAGCUUCAUGGAGCACAUUGCCAUGCCCAUCUACAAGCUGCUUCAAGAACUUUUCCCGAAAUCAGCAGAGCUUUAUGGGAGAGUUUCCGCCAAUCGGGAACACUGGACCAAGGUCUCUCACAAAUUUACAAUCCGAGGGUUGCCUAGCAACAACUCCCUUGAUUUCCUGGAUGAGGAGUAUGACCAACUAGAAGAGCAGGCAGAAGAAAGUCUGAAGAUGAAUGGUUGCUUAGAAACAAAAGGAACCAGGGAAACCAUUGAACAAUAAGGUGUUUAAACAAAUAUAAAACAUUACUUCUGAAGUUCAAGUAACUACAUUUUAUAGAAGAAACUACAAUUUUUAGUAACACCUCAUUUAAAGCAGGGAUUACCUGUUAUCACCAUGGAAGCGCUUGGGUAAUAACCAGGAACAUCUCAAUGUGGGAACCUUUGAGACCACAACAAAGCAAAGACUUCUUCUCAAAUCAGCUGCUAUAUUUUGAGCAUUUCGUUUUAGUUAUUCAGCAGUUGUUUUAAAAGUCAGAAAUUGUUACUUCUUUAAAAAUAUAUUUUUUGGGGUAGUUUUUACCACAUGAAAUACCAAGCAGCCACUAAUACAACUAAAGUAUCAGACUGUGUUUUCCAGUAAUAGCAGUGGCUACUUGUCACAGGAUUCUCCCCCUCUUAUUCUAUAUUACUGUAUUGUGUGUAUUAAACUGGCUUUGGAUAAAACGCUGUGCCUGGAGGGAAUAUUAAGGGCCCCUUCAAAGCAUAGUGGAUACAUUUGCCAGUAUGCUGGCAGUGAAAUAUGGUCAGUAUUGCUGGGUUCAGUAAUGUUUGUCAACCUCUACAUUUUUUGUAUUGUUAUGUUUUUAUUAUUAUUUAUUGCUUUUUUUUGUGAAACCACUAAAAAGAGAAGAUUGUUAACCAUAUAUCCUACAUUGAUGCACACUGGGGCGUUUGUAGUCAGUAAGAGAUGUGGUGUGGAUGGGGACUGACUACAGUUUGUUUUUCAUAUAUGUUUGUCAAAGUGUGAACAAUUACACUUUUAAAAUAACCCUUUAAAAUACACUGCAAGUGUGUAUGUUAUUAUUGUACUGUACCAGUCCACCCACUGCACAACAUUUUACAAAGUGGAUAUUUUACAUGGUUGAAUAAAAACCUGUGGCGUAUGUAAGUGACAAAGAAUGUAUGGACUACAAAAGACCUUUUAUGUGUUGAUGUCUGUAAAUAUUUUAUCAGCAGGUGAUAAAUAAGGGCUGUUGCUCUUAAGGCAUUGUGGCUAAUUGGAACACAGACAGAAUGUGUAUAUUAUUGAUUUGCCUUACCUUUUCUGCGUUGCCUUUUGAGAAAGAAAAUAUAUAUAAUUGUCAUUAUUAUAAUUAUUAAUAAUCAUAAUACCCAUGUUCCAUUGAAAAGUGUGUUGCUACUGUACUGUACAUACUGGUUCUGGUUCAUUAAGCCUCCACUGAUUUAUAUUGCUGUGUGAUACUUCCUCUUUGGGCAGUGCAGGAAAAUUUCUGUUUUUAACCAGAUGCAAAGUUAGUCAUUGGACAUUGGACUAAAAUAAAUGCAUGAGCAUUUAUUUUAAGUGCUUUCCUUAUUGUUUUUUUUUGUUUCUUCUACAAACAUAUUCUUUUCUAUUUAUGAUUUGAUUCGCUUUAAAUAAUAAGUUGCUUCAAGUGUCGUUUUAAUUGUUUUCUGAUAAUCCAAUACUGAGUUUUUACCAUUUAUUCUAAAUCUGCCUUUACUUGGAUUUGAGCUUGUCAGCCGUCCUCAGUCCAUUCAAAUCAUGUGACAAAGUAACCUUUCACCUCAGUAAGCCCCACCCCUUUUUUAUUCUCUCCUUCUUUAGCGUAUGUUUAUGUGUUCGGUCAGUGUCUACCUCUCAUCAAGUUGAGAGUGUAUUUCUUGUGCACUCUAUGACUCUUUGUCAGGCUUGCGAGUCAUUUAAUGUAAAUAAAAAAAACAGAUGAAAAGCUGAUAUUAAUGUAUUUAUUCUCUUUAUGUAGAUCCUGUUGUGGUUUUAACAUUUAGAAUGCUUGGUCAUUGACAAUGUGAGUGUGAGUGCAUUGACAAUCAGAGAGAGAGAGAGAGAGAGAGAGAGAGAGAGAGAAAGAGAAAGAGAGAGAGAGAACAUUGUAAUAUACCAUGCUGUUCUGGAUAUAGUCAUUACUUUAAAUAACUCACAAGUGAAAGCUUUGUGAAUAGAGCCCUUUAUUGGCAGUUACAUAUAGAACCAUGACAAGAAAUUCAAAUAAUAAGAUACAUCAUAGAACAUGAGCAUGAGAUACUCCUUCCCAAUGUGCUUUCCUAAGGUCAACAGAGUACUUGUGUGAUUUUUGUCUCUACCCAGCAUUGUAGCUUUAAGCCAAAUGAGGGUGGUUCUUUGUUGGAUGGGAGGGAUGCUUUUAUCCUCAGCAACACUCUCUGGCAGUGAGAGAGAGAGAGAGAGAGAGAGAGAGAGAGAGAGAGAGAGAGAGAGAGAGAGAGAGAGAGAGAGAGAGAGAGAGAGAGAGAGAGAGAGAGAGAGAGAGAAGAGAGAGAGAGAGAGAGAGAGAGAGAGAGAGAGAGAGAGAGAGAGAGAGAGAGAGAGAGAGAGAGAGAGAGAAUGAAUAAAUGAAUAAUGUCAUUAAAAUCAUGUUUAAAUUUGUAUUUAAUCUCUGGGGUUAGCAGAAAUGAAAAGUCAAAUUUACACAUGAUUUUAAUGAUCUCAGUAUGGGAUCACUAGAACCCAGGACCACUAAUUAUUUUUAAUAAAGAAUAAGCCUAGGACCUUUCUGUUUUCAUUUUUCUUUGUGCCAAAAUUAUUUCCCUUUAUUAUUUGAAUUAUUUGAUUGUUCAUUGAAUUUACUUUUAUGUAUUUUCUCAUAUUUAUAUAGUUUCUCAACCAUAUAUAUUUUGUAAUACAUACUUUUUUAUGUUGUUGUCAACUGCAUUACAUUUUUCACACAAAAAUGGCAACAUGGCACCCUUGGACCCCUGUAAAUUGAUAUUCCUGGUCUGUACAUAGAUACUUUCAUGUGUUUAUUAAAUGUGUUUUAAAGAGAAAAACCGGAAUAAGGAAAAUGAAUGAUUUUCUGUGAAAUGUUCUGUGCAUCUGGGAAAGAGAGCCAAAAGCUCUUAUAUGUUUUGUGGGAUAUUGCUUUGAAAAGUAUUUCAGAUCCUGCCUAUUUCCUGCAUCAAAGGGUAUAAUAAGGGACUAAAAUUUAUUCAACAGACCUAGGAAAAAAAGGUGUUAAACAAAAAAAAAGUCAUCUGAAAAAUGCAUAAGGGGUAGUAUUAUCUUGGUUUUUCACGUUAUUGUGCUUUCAUCUGUACAUACGUUUGUACAUAACAUACUGUAAAUGAGGUCUGUGCUGAAGAAUUAGAUUACCAUGUGUAUGGAAUACAUUUACAGAGCAGUGUGAGACCAUUGUUUUCUGAGAUGUGAACAGGCAGUUAACUUUUUAUCCAAAUAAAUUUCAUACAUUGAACAAGAAA